GGUGCGGCCCGACGAGCCCAUCGCGAGCUCUAGGGAGGGGGAGGCGACCAGCAGGGUCCACUGCGGGCGCAGGGGGAGGGCCGCGGCCGGCGGCUUCCGAGCCGCAGCCUGAGCGGGACCGGGCUUCUCCGGGAGCAACGCGCCGCCGCCUAGUGGGGGUGGAGCCCAGCCGUGGCCCCAGGGUUGUGAGUCCCGGCCUAGCCCCUCUACCUCCCUGCCCUGCCCUGCUGAUGAGACCAUGGGCUCUGGCAGUGAUUAAGUGGCCACCCUCUGCCCCUGUGAAUCACUGGCGAUUCUCUAUAAGACCUAGCAGCAGUCCAGGCCAGCUCUGGGGAAGCCUUGGCCACCAGGGGCUGCUGGCCAGCCCACUGCCCAGGAUGAGACUGCCCUCCCAGCAGCUGCUCACCGGACCCUCAUACCUCUCUGUAGAGGAGCACCGAGCCUCAGCUCCUGCCGGCAGGAGCCCACGAAUGCUGCACCCAGCCGCCCAACAGAGCCCGUUCAUGGUUGAUCUCCACGAACAGGUGCACCAGGGACCUGUCCCUCUGUCCUACACAGUCACCACAGUGACCACCCAAGGCUUCCCCUUGCCUACAAGCCAACACAUCCCUGGCUGCAGUGCCCAGCAGCUCCCAGCAUGCUCCGUGAUGUUCAGUGGGCAGCACUACCCCCUCUGCUGCCUCCCACCUCCACUGAUCCAGGCGUGUACCAUGCAGCAGCUCCCUGUGCCCUAUCACACCUACCCCCACCUCAUCUCCAGUGACCACUACAUCCUUCACCCUCCGCCGCCAGCCCCACCACCCCAACCUACCCACAUGGCGCCGCUCGGGCAGUUCGUGUCACUGCAGACCCAGCACCCACGCAUGCCCCUGCAGCGGCUGGAUAAUGACAUGGACCUUCGAGGGGACCAGCACCCCUUAGGCAGCUUCACCUACUCCACCUCUGCUACUGGCCCGGCCUUGUCACCCUCGAUCCCCCUUCACUACCUACCCCAUGACCCGCUGCACCAGGAGCUGUCCUUCGGCGUGCCAUAUUCCCACAUGAUGCCACGAAGACUGAGCACACAGAGAUACCGUCUACAACAGCCGCUGCCACCCCCGCCACCCCCACCUCCACCCCCGCCGCCGCCAUCUUAUUACCCAAGCUUCCUACCCUACUUCCUUUCAAUGCUGCCAAUGUCUCCCACCACCAUGGGCCCCACCAUCAGCCUGGGUCUGGAUGUGGAUGACGUGGAGAUGGAGAACUAUGAGGCCCUCCUGAACCUGGCUGAGCGGCUGGGAGAUGCCAAGCCCCGAGGCCUCAGCAAAGCAGACAUAGAGCAGCUGCCGUCGUACCGCUUUAACCCUGACAGCCAUCAGUCUGAGCAGACUCUGUGUGUGGUCUGCUUCAGUGACUUCGAGGUGCGGCAGCUGCUCCGAGUCCUCCCCUGCAACCACGAGUUCCAUGCCAAGUGUGUUGACAAGUGGUUGAAGGCCAACCGGACCUGUCCCAUUUGCCGGGCCGAUGCCUCCGAGGUGCCCAGGGAGGCUGAGUGAGACUCUGCAGCCACCCACAAGAGCCCUGCCCGAAGCUCCGGAAACGGGUGGGGGGAGGCAGGGAGUGGCCCAGGGAGAACUGUAAUGGAGGGGCCCAGGCCUGUCUCAACAUUCCCACCUGCAACUCCAGAGCUGGUGCCAGGGUCAGCCCUGGAGAAGCCCCUGCAAUAAGCCCCUGCGUUUGCCAAGCUCCAAAGACUCCUUCCCCAAACUGCCUGCCCGCCCGCCCGCCCGCCCGCCAUGGAGCUGCCUGAGUGUCCCCAACUCAGUCUGUCUCUUGUCCAUGGGUCCUUCUUCCUGCUGGCUCUGGGAGGCGGGAGUCCAUUCCCCAAGUGUGGUGGCUGGUGUGAUUCCCCACCCCCAAGAGUGGGCAAAGGAGUAGCCACCCUGGGUCGGCUGGUCCCCUGUACUGAGGGAAGUGUCCCCUGCAUAGGUGGCACUGCCAGGUCUGUGGGCAGAGAGCCUAAGUCCCAGCCCUGAGGCCUCUGGCUCCAGACAGACUUAGGCAGUCGCUCUGCCUCCACUGCUGUGCGGUGUGGGUCUGACUCCCCAGGACCCUCACCCCCAGGCUGGAGGGUAUCCCAGCCGGGCUCUUUGAGCAAAUGGGAUGGGGGCUCCAAGCCGGACACACGUUCUGUAGGAGCCAAGCCUCGAUCUGGGCAUGCCUUUGUGCCCCUGGUGGCUGCCCCUCCACCAGUGACAACGUCAGACCCGAGCUCGAUCUCCCCCUCUGUCGAUUUGCAUGAAUGUGAGGAACAGCAGUUUUUGUUUAUUCAUUUGGCCCAAAAUUGCGUGUAGGGGGUGUGGAUAUUUAGGUGUUUGGCGGGGUUUUUUGGUUUGUUUGUUUGUUUUUUUGGUUUUGUUUUUUUUUCUGUGUUUUGUUUUGUUGUGGGGGGUUUGUUUUGUUCCCCCCUUCUUUUUUGGUUUAAUAGGAGUGGGGUGAGGGCACAGGGACCAACCAGGACCAAAUGCCCAGGGGGCAGAGAAGGGUCAGGUUGUGCCGCACCGGGCCUCCAUUUGAGUGUGCGGCUGGGACUGCACUGGGCGGCUGGGAGUCACGGGGCAGAGUGGGGGUCUGUGCUCAGCUGAUAACUGCCAUGCACUGUACUGCACAUGUCCCUAGAGCCUACCGGGACCGUUUGCUUUUCAGGGCAUUCCUCCAGCCAGGGCCUGUCUCCCACCUGCCUGGUUGAGUCUCCUCCUAGGAAUCCCCUGAGGACAGAGAUCAGGGAGGUUGUGAACCUCCACCUGGGGGCCUCCCAGCCUGAUCCCUGCCCUCCAAGGUCUGGAGGAGGCUGAGUUCCCGCCCUCCUUUCAGGUCCUUUCCUCUCCUUUCCCAUCUGGGGUUGCUGCCCCAAGUGAACGAACCGCGUGUGGGGCCGGCACAUCCUAGCAGGCAGCCAUUGGCGCCUGCUGCCUCAGGGAUGCUCCAACCACCCUCGUUCCUGUGCAGCAGCCCUGGCUCCCUGGCUCCCACCCCAGCCUGCCAGGGGGCCCAUCAGCCUGGCCCCACCCCACAAGAACCCAAAGUCUUACUGUAUAUAACUCCAGGUGAUGUUUCUAUAUUUAUAGCAGUGUUGAAAAUCCACGUGUUUUACACAGAGAACCACCUUAUCCAACCUGGUCCCUUCCUCACCCCAACAAAAGGUUUUCAAGCCCUUGUGGUUCCUGGGGCAACGAAAUUGAAAUUGGCUCAUGGAUUGUGUCGGCUGCAGUGAUGAUUCCAACGAGCAGCUAUGGGGGGAUACACUUUUUUUUUUUUUUUUUAAUCAUUUAAGAAAGAUUUAUCAAACAAUUACUUAGGGUGUUUGUGAUUUGCCGACCUUGCUGUAGAUGCCAUGUUACCAAUGAUUUCCUGUGGUGGGGGCUUGGCAUUGUUUACUCUUUAUUUACCAACUUCUGGCCUAGGCAUGACAGUGGGCACCUUCCCCCAGCACUGCUGGGCCCAGCGCCUGUGUUGUUAGAAUGGUUUUUAUAUAUAUAUACACACAUAUAUAUAUAUAAUUACACACACACACAUAUAUAUAAACACAUGUGAUUUGGGGGCCCUGUUCCUUGCACAUCUUACAGUUACCUCAUUUUUCCCAUGUAUGUAUUUGAGAAAAUGCUAAUAUAUAGAGAAAAUGGUUCUUAAAGCUUAAAUGUGUGGUUUUUUCCAUCCCGUUGGACUCACAUUGGUUUGUAGCAUUUAACAUAACUAGUAUGUUGUAUUAUAUAUGUGUAUACGGAUUGAAAUUUUUAACAGAUUUGUACUUUUUUUAAAAUGAAAGUUGCUAGUUCUGCUUGACCAAGUAGUGCAAUCAUUAUUUUUUUUAAUAUUGUUGCUGAUUUCAGAGGGAUAUUCACUAAUAAAUGUAUGAUGUAUACAAGUGCUGCCCAA